GAUUGUUAUAAAUUUUUCGUUUUAAUCUUAUUUGCGGCCUUUACAAAGUGUACAGUGGACUAUGACGGACAAUGUGGAACCGGAACGCGGCGAGUCGAUAUCCAUGCAUGAUUUCCUUGAGUUUCUUAAAAUUACGUGUCAAGUUAAUGAUUCCUUCAACAGCAGCAAGAAGAAUCCUCCCCCGUUCGAUUACAACCAGCUGGCGAGAAAUGAGCUGGUCAACAGUGUCCACAUGCGGCCCAGGGUGGCUGCUGAGGGCGGUGUUCCCACCAUGGGAACUUCUCCGGCACGGCAGACUACCACCGGGAAACGAGAGGAUGGCACCGUGCAAAGAAAGGUCUACAAGAAGAAGUCCGUCGCGCAUACCAAGUCUCAAAAGAGUAAACCGGAAGCUGCUUUGGAUGCGGCACCGAAGAAGGGAUUGGACGAUUUGUUGAACGAGAAGCUAGAUGAAGUGCUGAACGAAGGCAUAUUGGACUCGGUGCUUCCGUUCAUCUGUCCGAACAAUGUUGCCACUUCGACAUCCGGGCCAUCGUACAGUAAAGGUGGCACCAAUCCGAAGCCAUCGACAAACCAUCCGGUGGUGCAGAUUACGCCCAAUAUGAACGGUCGGGCAGUUGGCACUCAUGACGUCGCUUCGGCGGAUGCUCAUGGCAGUGGCAAAAAAGGUGGAAUUUCCGCGGUGGGCGAUGUUUCGCAGAACUUCCUUAUCGCUAGUAGUGCGAGUAAAGUCAAUGCAAGACGAAAAUCGUCCAUAUCGCAGAUUACUAUUCCGGAUAGUCGUUCCGAACCGGAAGUUAUUAUCCAUGUGUGCGAUGAAGUAAAGGGAACAUCCAGAGAUUUCUCCUGCCCUCAGAAGUUGCUGAUUACAAAAAUGGGAUACUUUGCCGAUGUAACGGCUGGUCAACGACUGGAAGACAUGGACAUAUCGGUCCAUUGCGACCUGCAGAUAUUCGAAUGGCUCAUGAAGUGGGUCAAAAAGGACUCCAUGUCACAGGACGACUGGCCUGCACUGGAUCCAUCCAAUGUGGUCCCCAUUCUGGUUUCUGCCAGUUUCCUUCAGAUGGAACCACUGCUGUUGGAUUGUCUUUCCUUCUGCCACGCGAGACUGAACGAGGUGGUUAAAGCUUCGGCAAACUUGGCCUGUUUGAACGAUAGCAUCAUCACGCGGCUAGCGGCCAUGUUCACCAAUCUGGAACUGGAAAUGGUCAAAGACAAGAAGGAUCGCAUCGCUCCCCGACUGUGGACAAAACUUAUCCAGAGCCUCUGCGAGAUUGAACCGCAAGCUCUGCGCGGUCACUAUGCAACCCUCGUUGGAAUGUUCCGUUGUUUGAGAUGCGGCAAAUUCCUAACGCAAACGGUCAGCACAUUCAUCCACUGUGUUCCGCAAAACAUACGCCUCAACCGAUGGGGUCAACUGAUUAGUUCGCACAUGAAAGAUCCGUCCUGGAACAUAACGAGCUACGUGGCCAGCUUACACAAGGAACUGCGAUCGUGGCGAAAGGUUUACUGGCGUCUAUGGGGCCACUGCCACUUCCUGUAUUGUGCCAUUUGCGAUACGCAUUUUGCGGUGUACCAAAUGCUGUGGUGCCAGUACCAUCCGGAGCAGCCGCAAUUCUUGGGACCGGCCGCCGAGGGGAGAGUAGCCGGACCAGCUGGACGGUAUCCUUGCUGUGGCAAGCAAGCCUACCGGUACGAAACACUGCCCAGUCCAACGGGCUGCCAGUUUCGUGAGCAUACGGUUCAAGCAGAUACGGAUCGCGAUCGAGCGAUACUGCAACUGGCCAUGCAAGCCUCCGAAGGCGGAUGCCUAUACGAAACUGCGCCUUUCAAGCCACCCAACUCGAUGAACGACCCGUGGUGGAGUGGAAUCGGAAUACUGCCGCAUCGCUCCCGUCAAGGUUUGCUUCCUACGUUCAAUGUGGACAGCGAUGCUCCCAGUCGCGGCAAUAGAAAGUUCAUAACUCGCCAACUGUCGCAAUCGGUUGCUGAAUCGGACACCGAAACCGAUUCCGAAGACGCGGAUAAAUCUGGCACCAUUCUAAGUCACAGCUCUAGCAGCAGUAGCGACGGCGGAGAAUCCGAAUAUAGCAGUCCGCGCUCGUUCCGCCCGAAGAAUGGUAAGCAAAAGCCGAAGAUAUCGUACGGUCGGCAUUGGGCUGGGGACAUGUCGGCCCGCAGCAACCAGGACAACCAACGUGAGUUUGAGGAACGAGCCAUGAAGCAGAUUAUAGCAAUGGUUGGCAAGAAGACCGGUGGCGAACAGAACCAGCAGUUUGUAACGUACCAGCAGGGCGGAGCUUACAUCAAACUGGAAGCCGACUGGCGGGAGUCUAUGAAGCAGAAGAAUUUAGCCAGCAUUAAAUCUAAACCGGGUGGCAUGAAAUGAUGACUGUUCAUUGAUUUACGAGAGCGAUCGCAAGAAAAAACUUUCUAGAAAUUUAGGGUGCGUAUUAUUUAUUCGUUAAUUUGCAUUUAGUUACGUAGGGGCGUAACUGUUAUGAGUGAUUAUUUUUUUUUCAACUUCAUUCGCAAUCCAAGACUAAGGAUUGAAAAGGCUGCAUCAACAUUUUGUAAACUAGCACGUUUCUGUUGAGUUUGGGUCAACUCGUAUCCAGCCACGCAUCUCAGUACCGUUAACUUAAAGCGCAGUUUACAAAGUCUGUUAAUGGCGUUAAGAUGUAUAACUGGAUGUCCUUAAAUCCAUAAACACCUGUUUGUUGACAAAUUGUUGAUGUGUUCUUCUCAAUUGUUGGUCUUGACUUCUGUCUAUUCUUAAAAAUGCUGAGCAAAAAUCCCUUUCAAAUGAUCAUUUAUAGUAUUUAUCAGUAGUAAAACAGCUUAGCCACACAAUAGACGCCAAUUAAUUUGUGAUGUUUACCAAACAGUAGUCAACCAGAUUGGAACGGUAUCAAAAAGAAAAGUGUCAUAAAACGAUGAGUCACUUGUUAAUUACAAGUUGUAAAUUUUGCAUGAAGAUCUGUGGGACCAUAAUUAAAGUUUUGAAUGGAAAUGCCUUUAGUUUCUGCUGAUUCUAUGAACUAAAAGUGUUUAUAGAAUAAUAUUAUUAAAUCUUGCAUGAUCACCCUCCUGAUUUGUGAACAGUCAAUUUUAGAUUGGGCUUCUGAAGAAUAUUAAUAAUAAUGUUUAAAAUAGGUAGCGUAAUCAUUAA